GGAGGGUAACCGUGGCGGUUUGGUGUUUGUUCUCUUUUCGCCGUUCUCCGGUGACUGAUUGUCGUUAGCUGUCAUCGUCAUGGAUUUCCUAAACAUAAAUGAAACCUAUUCUUCAAUUUCUCCCUUUUGCCUCUCGGUAUCUCUCUCCCCUAAUUACUCUCUCUAAAAUGCCGGAGCCCUUUCUCUCUCCCUCUCUCCGUAGGGUUUGAAUUCCAAGUUUCCUUCCAGCUUGCAACAACGCAGACGAAAAGAGGAGACACUGCCCUUAUGAUCUCUCCCUCUUUCUACCUUAGAGAACCGUCGAGCUUCUAGCUGCUGCAUGUAGGAGCUAUGCUCGCAUGGGGCUUGCAUUUGACAUCAUUCAUGGAAAAGGAGAAAACUGAUGUCAUCUGAAUUAUAAAUACAUUGUUAAUAAUAUCACAACCGAGAGACUGGAAAAGCACCAGACCAGAAGAUGUUGCUUUGUUUGUGUUGAAUGAUUGCAGCAUGGACUUAAAUGCCUCACCAAAACCAGAAGAAGAUGAAGAGAAUUUUGAGUCACAGUUAGAAGAGAAAAUUGCACCAGGACAUAUUGGACAUGUAGAACACAUAGAAUCUGCAGUAGAGAUUUCCCGUCGGGAACGUGAAGAAAGACGUCAGCGAAUAAAAAGAGAACGCCCAGAUGACAGACAAACACAUGCAUCUCAGUCACCAUUUUCUGAUCAAAAGUACCAAAAAAACUAUAGAACGUAUGACCGGAAUAAGUUACCCCCUGGUUGGUUGGAUUGUCCUGCAUUUGGUCAGGAGAUAGGUUGCAUAAUCCCUUCUAAAGUUCCGCUUGGUGAAUUCUUCAAUGACUCUAUCCCUCCUGGUAGAAGGUACUCUUUUAAGCAAGUAAUUCAUCAACAAAGAGUUUUGGGUAGAAAACUUGGUUUAGUGAUUGAUCUCACAAAUACUAGUCGUUACUAUCCAGUAUCAGAUUUGAAAAAAGAAGGUAUCAAGCAUGUUAAGAUUCAAUGCAAGGGGCGUGAUUCUGUACCUGAUAAUGAGGCUGUAAAUUACUUUGUUUAUGAGGUUUCACAAUUCCUCGUGCGUCAGAAGCACUCGAAGAAGUAUGUUUUUGUCCAUUGCACACAUGGGCAUAACCGAACAGGCUAUAUGAUUGUUCAUUAUCUCAUGCGUACACUAUCCAUCUCUGUUACACAUGCAAUUAAGUUAUUUGCUGAUGCACGCCCACCAGGAAUCUACAAACCAGACUAUAUUGAUGCCUUGUACAACUUCUACCAUGAACGGAAGCCAGACAUAGUUGUUUGCCCUCCAACCCCUGAAUGGAAAAGAUCUUCUGAUCUUGAUCUUAAUGGUGAUGCAGUGCCGGAUGAGGAUGACGAUGGAGGUUUCUCUGCUCCUAUCCAUGAGAAUCAUGAGACACAUGCAACACAUGCUAUUAUGACGAAUGAUGAUGUUCUGGGAGAUAGUAUACCCUUUGAUCAGCAAGCUGCACUGCGACACUUCUGCUAUCAAGCACUGAAGUUGGGUACUGGGGUAAGAGGAAACUCACAAUUUCCAGGAUCACACCCAGUUUCGCUUAACAGGGACAACCUACAAUUGUUAAGGCAAAGGUAUUACUAUGCCACAUGGAAAGCAGAUGGAACACGAUAUAUGAUGCUGAUUACCAUGGAUGGUUGUUACUUAAUUGAUAGGAAUUUUAAUUUCCGAAGGGUCCAGAUGAGAUUUCCUUGUAAAAGCACUACUGAAGCCUUGGCUGAGAAGACUCACCACUUUACAUUACUUGAUGGGGAGAUGAUAAUUGAUACUCUGCCAGAAUCACAGAAGCAGGAAAGAAGAUACCUGAUCUAUGAUCUGAUGGCUAUCAAUCAAGUUUCUGUGAUAGAGCGGCCCUUUUAUGAACGGUGGAAAAUGCUUGAGAAAGAAGUGAUUGAACCUCGGAAUUAUGAGAGGCAAUAUAUAUACCAGAGUAGAAAUCCAUAUUACAGAUAUGACAUGGAGCCAUUCAGGGUGAGGAGGAAGGAUUUUUGGUUGCUUUCUACUGUUACCAAACUUUUAAGGGAGUUCAUUCCAAGGCUUUCCCAUGAGGCAGAUGGUCUCAUCUUUCAGGGCUGGGAUGAUGCUUACAUUCCUCGAACACAUGAAGGACUCUUAAAGUGGAAAUAUGCCAAUAUGAACUCAGUUGACUUUCUCUUUGAGAUAAUCGAUAGCCGCCAGCUACUUUUUUUGUAUGAACGAGGGAAGAAGAAGCUGAUGGAAGGGAACAAUGUUGUAUUUAGUGAUGAUUCUGAUCCUGCCUCAUACUCGGGAAAAAUUAUUGAGUGCUCUUGGAAUUCCGAGGAUGAUGUAUGGGUUUGUAUGCGCAUCAGGACAGAUAAAGCAACUCCGAAUGAUUUUAAUACCUACAAGAAGGUGAUGCGAAGCAUAAGGGACAACAUCACAGAGGAUGUCUUGCUGAACGAGAUUGGAGAGAUCAUUUGCCUGCCCAUGUAUGCAGAUAGGAUACAUAACGAUAGCAAGGCGCAUCACCAUUCAACUUCGGCGCGACGUAGGUGAUGAGGGACCAAUGAGGAGCUCAAUCUGCCAUGAAGGCAGCUGUGGUAUUUUACUCCAGCUCCAACGAGAAGCAUACCUUCCCUGCUUACAGGCCAAUAUAAAUGCCCCCAUUUCCCUAAAAACUUCGGUGCUAGCAUGGCCAUGGUAGCAAAGAAAGAUUCACCGGUGGUGUGUAAUUAGCUACCCUAGUAGUAGCCUUGUAAUGCCACAUGUGCAAUGCUGGAGAAUCGAGCGAUCCAAUUCAGACACAUUAGUGUUAAUUGACAUCAGGAACUAGGAGUUCCCUUCUUGUAGCCAAAUAGGAUCAUUGUGUAUAUUAUACCAUUGUCACUUUUUUUCCGUCUUCUGUCAUAAAAGUUUAGCCAAUUUCAAGUGAAAGAGUUCAAGCUUCUUCAGAUUUUUUGCAUUUCUCCCCUGUGAAUGCAAUUUGAAGGCACCCUUAAUAUGACAGUCCUGAAGUGCAGCCUGUUUGGGAUAUAUAUUAAAGUGAUUUGAUCUGGAACAAUUGCUCACGUAUUUCAACCUGUCAUUCAAUUGACCUCGGGGCUUAAUGCAUUUAUGUUAUGGCUUGUGAAUGAUAUGAAAACGCAGUUUGGGAGCCUUGUUAUUGUUGUUAAAUUUCUGCAUGCUUUAAAUUAGUUCUAAAGUUUUAAUUUUAUUAAUAUAUCUCAUUUUCUAUAAAA